AUGAGGAGCUCCGUGGUGCACGCGCCGGCCGGAACGGGCGCGGCGGCGUCGGUGGCCGCGCUGCUGGGCCACCCGCUGGCGGUGCUGUCGGAGAAGCCGGCGCCGCGGCUGACGCGGCUGCUGGUGAACGUGACGGUGGAGCGGAGCCUCUGGCCGGUGCACGUCGUGCUGGCCGCCGACGCCACCGUCGCCGACCUCGCGCGCGCCGCCGUCGCCGCCUACGUCGCCGAGGGACGCAGGCCGCCGCUCCCCGCCGAUGCCAACGACGUCGACGCGGCCGCACGGUUCGAGCUGCAUCUCUCCAAGUACUCCCUCGACGCGCUGAACCCUGACGAGAAGGUGCUGGAUCUUGGGUCUCGCAACUUCUUCCUAUGCGCCAGAAGAUUCUGAUGGAUUCCCUGUAAAAGACCCAUGUCCUCUGCCUCUUC